GGGGGCGUGGCGCGCGGAGCCCAGCGCGUCCCAACCCCGCGCCCGCCCGGCGGUCCCGUCCCGUCCCGUCCGGCCCCGUCCCGCCGCCCGCCAGCCAGCCAUGAGCUCCACGCAGUUCAACAAGGGCCCCUCGUACGGGCUGUCGGCCGAGGUCAAGAACCGGCUCCUGUCCAAAUAUGACCCUCAGAAGGAGGCAGAGCUCCGCACCUGGAUUGAGGGACUCACCGGCCUCUCCAUCGGCCCCGACUUCCAAAAGGGCUUGAAGGACGGAACUAUCUUAUGCACACUCAUGAACAAGCUACAGCCGGGCUCCGUCCCCAAGAUCAACCGCUCCAUGCAGAACUGGCACCAGCUAGAAAACCUGUCCAACUUCAUCAAGGCCAUGGUCAGCUACGGCAUGAACCCCGUGGACCUGUUCGAGGCCAACGACCUGUUUGAGAGUGGGAACAUGACACAGGUGCAGGUGUCUCUUCUCGCCCUGGCGGGGAAGGCCAAGACUAAGGGGCUGCAGAGCGGGGUGGACAUCGGCGUCAAGUACUCGGAAAAGCAGGAGCGGAAUUUCGACGACGCCACCAUGAAGGCCGGCCAGUGUGUCAUCGGACUGCAGAUGGGCACCAACAAAUGCGCCAGCCAGUCGGGCAUGACCGCGUACGGCACGAGGAGGCAUCUCUAUGACCCCAAGAACCAUAUCCUGCCCCCCAUGGACCACUCGACCAUCAGCCUCCAAAUGGGCACAAACAAGUGUGCGAGCCAGGUGGGCAUGACGGCUCCCGGGACGCGGCGGCACAUCUAUGACACCAAGCUGGGAACCGACAAGUGUGACAACUCCUCUAUGUCCCUGCAGAUGGGCUACACGCAGGGCGCCAACCAGAGCGGCCAGGUCUUCGGCCUGGGCCGACAGAUAUAUGACCCCAAGUAUUGCCCGCAAGGCACAGUGGCCGAUGGGGCUCCCUCAGGCGCUGGCGACUGCCUGGACCCGGGGGAGGUCCCUGAAUAUCCCCCUUACUACCAGGAGGAGGCCAGCUACUGAGGCUCCCAGCACGCUCUCUUCCCACAUCGUCUCCCCGUCUGGGUUUCUGGGUUUUUCUGUGUUUUCAUCUUUGUUUUUUUUCUUAGCCGGUUCAGUGCUGCCAAUCAACCAAGGGUCUGUGAGUGGCAGCAUGGGAUCAGGCAGCGUGGGAUCAGGCAGCGUGGGAUCAGGCAGCGUGGGAUCAGGCAGCGUGGGAUCAGGCAGCGUGGGAUCAGGCAGCGUGGGAUCAGGCAGCAGAGCUUUUUUCCCCUUUGCCUUGGCCCUUUGCAGGACUGAGCCACUGGGCUGUGGGGGAGGGAGGUCAAGGCCAUAUGCCGAUACGUGUAGGGCGUGUAGGGCGAGGGUCCCUGCUGGCACGUUCAGGCUGUGCUGGGGAGAAGAGACUAACCGGUUCCCAAAGGUUUCUGGUUGCCUCGCCUCUUCCCCCUUUUGUCAGCUGAGCAGUUUGUGGUUUCUCUGCAAGUUUCAGGAAGUAUUCACAAAAGAAAAAUACAUUUUGUUUUUUAUUCCUGAGGAAUGGGGCAGGGACAGUGGAGAAGGUGCUGGGAAAUCAAUCACCUGGGAAAGGGGGCCUGGCCAUGAUGCUAAAUAUCUCCGGCUCCCGAGUGACUGGAUUUCCCCAGGACCAACAGACCUCAGACCCUCAGACCUGCCCCCGGGGCCAGGUGGGGAAAGUGAAGGCCGUACAGGGAAGUGAAAUUCUGAGUUGCUGGGGCUAAACCUGAUCCCCUCUCCAUGCUACCCCCACCCCCCAACCCACUCUGGCCUCAGUAGGUUUUGUUUUAGUUGUGGCUGUCACCCAGGCUAGAGUGCAGUAGGGCAAUCUCAGCUCACUGCACCUCCACCUCCCGGGCUCAAGCAAUUCUCCGGCCUCAGCCUCCCGCGUAGCUGGGACUGCAGGUGCUCCACCACGCCCGGCUAAUUUUUGUAUUUUUAGUGGAGACGGGGUUUCUUCAUGUUGGCCAGGCUGGUCUCGAACUCCUGGCCUCAGAUGUGAUCCACCCGCCUCGGCCUCCUCAAGUGCUGAGAUUAUAGGUGUGAGUCACCAUGCCCGGCCCCUCAGUAGGUUUUAAGGAGCCCCCAACCCGCCUCCUUUCUGGGCUCCACAAGCUAUACUGCUCCAUCUUCCCCUGGCCACAUGCCCUGCCAAGUACUGCACAGGGACCCCCACCCAGGGGCCCUGCUCCAUGAGAUAAUGUGAAAUACGAUUGUGGACCAAACGCAAUAAAACCUCUGUUUGUAAGAAGAAAA